GAGGUGGGCGGGGCGGGCUGCUUGCCGCCUCGAGGAAGUGCCGCGUUGCCUCCGCUCCCCUCCUCCCCCCGCCCCCUCUUCUCUUUCCCGCAUCUGCCGGGCGGCAGCGGAAUCUUUGCAUAACACCCGGCGUCCGAACACCCGUGCAGUCCUACUGGCCUCUUUCCGUUGCCGCCGUCAGCACCGGCAUUGGGUGCAACAGGGUGUUCAUGUCUCUAGCAGCCUCUCUCACUUGUGACUUCAGACUGUAUUAAAAUAAUGAAAUAGUGGAAUUACUUCUGCAGCCAACUGAAGGCUAUCGAGCUGGUUCAUGUACUUUGUUUCAACAUGAUUAUUGCCUUUAUAAUCAUGUUUAGUUCGAAGUGUUGGACUGCUUUUUAAAAGAAGCUUCUCUUCUUAAAGGACAAGAGUUUACCUUUAAAAAAAAACCCUCUUGUUCUAGGUUUUUGAAUUAUCGUUUGCAGUUGUUGAGCCUGAAAUAAUGUAAACAUGUGGCUUGGAAAAUAUUGAAGCUAAACUCCCAAUUAUGCUAAAUACAGGAACUCUGUAUCACUGAGAAGCUGAAGUGUGGGCUCCAGAUUGAAAUAUAUGAAAACCAAAGCAUUGUUCAGCAGUCCUUGGCUUUUAAACAGUUGGCCAAAAUGAGUAAUUAUUUGGAAAUGGCAAAUGGUAAAAUGCCUUCAGAAAACAUGGAUGUUCAGCUGAAGAAUGAGCAAGAUCUGGAUGCUAUUCAGGAAGAUAUUGAGAUGAGCAGUGGCUCAAAUGGAAGUGAAGACAGCUCCAGUGGGCACAAGUCACGUGUUAAUGAAAUGGAUGAAAAUGGGAAAGAAACAGCUAUGAUUGUAGAAUCCUUGGACAGUUGUAAAAGUAGUGAAUCAUCUUCUAAAACCAAAACCCAGAAGGAACUGAUAAAAACACUGCAAGAACUGAAAGGCCAUCUUCCUCCAGAUAAAAGGAUCAAAGACAAAUCUAGUAUCCUGGCAACUCUGAAGUAUGCACUUAGGAGUAUUAAACAAGUUAAAGCUAAUGAAGAAUAUUACCAGAUGAUGAUGGUUAAUGAGGCCCAUCCUUGUGGUCUUGAUAUAUUAUCCUACACAGUGGAAGAGGUUGAUAAUAUUACUACAGAAUACAUCAUGAAGAAUGCAGAUAUGUUUGCGGUUGCUGUUUCUUUGGCUACUGGAAAUAUUCUAUACAUAUCAGAUCAAGCUGCCUCCAUCCUUCGCUGUAAGAAAGACCUCUUUAAAAAUGCCAAAUUUGUGGAAUUUCUGGCACCUCAGGAUGUCAGCAUCUUCUACAGUUCUACCACUCCCUACAGAUUGCCAUCCUGGAAUAUUUGCAGUGGAGUUGAGUCUGCCACCCAAGAGUGCAUGGAAGAGAAAUCUUUCUUCUGCCGAAUCAGUGCCAGGAAAGAACAUGAAAAUGAGAUCUGCUACCAACCUCUUUUGCAUUAUGGACUUCCGGUGAUUAUCAAAGUGCAAGAUGCAAAGGAUACAGAAGAUCAGCUUUGUUGUGUGUUGCUUGCAGAAAAGGUGCAUUCUGGCUAUGAAGCACCCAGAAUCCCUCCUAAUAAAAGAAUAUUUACAACCACUCAUACGCCAAGUUGUUUGUUCCAGGAUGUAGAUGAAAGAGCGGUGCCUCUUUUGGGAUAUUUACCUCAAGACUUAAUCGGAACUCCUGUCUUAGUGCAUCUUCAUCCAAGUGACAGACCUUUAAUGCUAGCAAUUCACAAGAAAAUACUUCAGUGUGGAGGACAACCAUUUGAUUAUUCACCUAUCAGGUUCUGCACUAGAAACGGAGAAUAUGUAACUUUGGAUACAAGCUGGUCUAGUUUUAUCAAUCCCUGGAGCCGAAAGGUUUCCUUUAUAAUUGGAAGGCACAAAGUUAGAACAGGUCCCUUGAAUGAAGACGUAUUUGCACCUCAUUGCACUGAAGAUAAAAUCCUGCAUCCUAGCGUUCAAGAAAUCACAGAGCAAAUACAUCAGUUGUUAUUACAGCCUGUACACAACAGUGGCUCUAGUGGCUAUGGAAGCUUGGGCAGCAAUGGAUCGCACGAACACCGAAUGAGUGUCGCUUCAUCCAGUGACAGCAAUGGAAACAAUAAUGAAGAUAGCCAGAAGAUACCCAAGCCUAACUGCUCUCAAGAUAUUUAUAAAAAUGGAACUGUGGCAAAAAAUAAAGGAGGAGACAUGUCUGUGGAUUCCAGAUCGGAGCUAGACAAUCUGAAAAAACCUUAUAGAGAAAAUUCUAGUGACUGUUGUAGUUACAUGAAAGGUACCACUCAGUCAGCUGAAAAUGAUGCUGUUGGAAUUGCUUGUCAAAGGAGCAUGGCUACAGAAGAACUGGAUUGGGCAGACCAGCCUGUAUGUUCAUAUCAGCAGAUCAGUUGUUUUGAUAGUGUUAUCAGGUAUUUGGAAAGUUGCAAUGCACCUGACACAGUGAAGAACAAGUCUCUGCCUACAACAAGUGCUGUUUCAUUGGAUUCUGAUGCACGCAGAAAGAAAGUAAACGAUAACACUAAAACAGCUGCAGGUCCUCGUCUGUUGGAGACGCCAGACAAAUCAAACACUUCUCCUGUGGUUAGUGCUCACUUAACCUCUUUGACUUUGCCUGGGAAACCAGAAAGUGUUGUAUCUUUCACCAGCCAGUGCAGCUAUAGCAGCACCCUCGUUCACGUUGGAGACAAAAAACUGCAGCCUGAAUUAGAAAUAAUAGAAGAUGGUCAGAAUGGAACAGAACCCACUGACAAUCAACCUGUUGCUGCCCAGUCCAGCACUACAUCAAAAAACCAGGAAAAAGAAACAGUUAAGAAACUAGGACUUACAAAGAAAGUCCUUGCAGUGCAUACGCAAAAAGAAGAGCAAAGUUUUCUGACAAAAUGUAAAGAAAUUAAAAGAUUCCAUGUAUUUCAGUAUCAUUGUAACUACUACUUUCAAGAAAGACCUAGACGACAUCUUGGUGAACAUGGUAUUCCUGGACUACGGCAUGGCUCUGGAAUAGAUCAGGCUUGGAAGAAAAGUGGAAAGAAUAGGAAAUCAAGGUCAAAGUCCAAACGAUUGAAACCGCACGACUCUUCCGACAGCACAACUUCUGGUCCCAAGCCCCCCCAUCAGUUUCCUCUGCUUGGCCCCAACAGUGCAGCCUGGUCUCCAUCAGAUGCCUCCCAAGCAAGUUAUCCAGCCAUUCCUUUUCCUGCAGUUAUGCCAGCAUACCCACUUCCAGUUUUUCCAGCUUCGGGGUCGGUGCCACCAGGUCCUGAAGCUUCUCUCUCAGGUUUUAAUGAAUCACAGGAUUCAGGAAGUCAGGGCCCUUUGCCGCUAUCACAGUUUUCCACCCCUCUGAUGACUUCCAUGGUAGCGCUUGUUCUCCCCAACUGUGUAUACCCCCAGGUGAACAGUGUUGUUCCUCAGCCACCUCAUCUUGAUCAGCCAAGUUUUCCUGCUCAGCAAUCUUUCUCUUCCCAAGCAAUAUUUGCGGCACAACCUCCUUUCACUGCCUCGAACACUUUUCCACCACAAGUAUUUCCAGCACAGCCAUUCCACUAUAAUCCAUCAGCAGAUGGUGAAAAGACCCGUGUCAUGGAAUCCCGAAAUGAACUAUCCCGUUCCUGCACUCCACAAUCUCUUGGUCCACAAGAUCAGACCUCUCCACCAUUGUUUCAGUCACGGUGUAGUUCACCUCUGCAACUGAACCUUCUGCAAGAAGAAAUGCCAAAAUCGUCUGAAAGUGGACUUGCUGGUACAUUGGGAAACCACGGACCAUUACCAGAUGAAGGGACCGGGAGCAAACUCCUCAAUUCAGAUGACUGUAACAGAAAAACGUCUUGUGCUGAGUCUCCAAUGGAAGCUCAGAACAGUGAUGCCUUUUCUAUCUCCAGCGACCUGCUUGAUAUUUUACUUCAGGAAGACACAUAUUCAGGGACUGGAUCUUCUUCAUCUGGAAGUGGCAUUUCUGCAGCUGCUGAGUCUUUGGGGUCUGGGUCAAAUGGAUGUGGCAUGUCAGGCAGCGGAACUGGUGACAGUGAAACCAGUCAUACCAGCAAGUAUUUUGAGAGCUCUGAUUCCUCAGAAAACGGUCAUAAAAUAGAAGGCACAGAAGUGAAAGAAAGUGAGUGCUUCAUUAAAUAUGUCCUCCAGGAUCCCAUCUGGCUGCUGAUGGCAAAUGCAGAUGAUGCUGUAAUGAUGACCUACCAGAUACCAUCCCGCGAUUUGCAAACUGUUUUAGAAGAGGACAAAUUGAAACUCAAACAAAUGCAGAAGUUCCAGCCAAAGUUUACUGAAGCACAAAAGAGAGAAUUACUUGAAGUGCAUCCAUGGAUUCAGAAGGGUGGACUUCCAGAUGCUGUUUCUAAUUUGGACUGUGUUUAUUGUGCAGAAAACAUUACAAGUAAAUCUUGUAUGCAAGAUGAAGAAGAAAUCCAUGAAAUGGAGCUUAAUGAUGAGGCCAGUGGAGAAAACGGUUUGGCUUCCCUGAGCCAAGUCUACAGUGAAAAUAUUGAAUUCACGAAGAUACACUGCAAAAGCAUCUGCUAUUUAACUUUCGCAGUGCAUCACUAGAUCUUAAAGGUUUUAAAGCUUGUUUCUUGUGAAAUGGACCUCAUUUUAUACAAAGACAAAUGGAUUUUUUUGUUCUAGAAAAAGGUCAUUUGUGAUUAAUUUCUUUCAGUUAGGGGUAUUCCUUUCUCUCUCUAGUCAUUGUUGCUGAAGGUGUAUAAUUUUUUGUUUAAAAAAUCUGGUGAAAUUUCGAAAUAUUUGCAAUGUGUAGGUUGGAUCCAGUAAAUUUUUUUCAUUCUUACUCAGUUCUCCUUAUUACAGCUGCCAUCUGCUUUCAUCAUACGGCUCCCAUUAUAGCCUUUUUGGUGGUUAGAGGGCACACCCUUUUUAGUAAUGGAAAAGCUGGUUGGAUCCAAACCAUGACUGGAAAUGGUGAGGAAUGUCAAAUAUGGGGCUGUCCUACCGUCUCCUUUUCACAGCAGUGCAUUUGGAAAUUGACAGAUUUUCCACUGGAAACAUCUGAAUAAAUUUCAGAUUAAUGGAUAAAAUAUUCCAUAUUUCACAAUUGUUUCACUAUAUUGAACAAAACUUUGUCCAGUCAAACUUGUGUUCUGAUUUAUUUGUGUUAAAAGCAAUUCAGCUAAAAGUUCACCUUUUCAAAAUCAAUUGCAAAAUAUCUGUUCAGUUUUUAAAGACAACUGCAUACCUGAAUCAUUUUUAAAGCAUUUUUUUCCAUUGAUGCCAAAACAUUAGAACAUAAGGCAUUAUUUAUGACUCUACCGGGCUGUGUCUUAGUUUCAAACUGACUUCUUUAGCAGAUUUAUUUCUGCCUUUUAGAUCGAAAACAACUUCCUCUCCACUGAAUCUCUGAUUAUUUUGUUUGUAUUAUAUAUUUCUGUACUAUUAGCGGAGCUGCCUCUGUGGUGUGGACAACAGUAAAAUAUGUAUUAUAGAGUUCACUUGUAUGUAGUUGUAAAUUAAGGCUUAUGCUGCAACUACAUCUAAUUCCGUUUUUUCACUCAGUUCAUUUUUGGACCUUUUGGAAGCCUGUUUUAAUUGGUCUUGAGAAUUAACUUACAAAGAUGUUGGAAAGAUCAUUGGUUAAUGUAACACCACUGUAGAGAGAAUCUUGCUUGUAGUUGAAUAGAACGGAAGAUCAUUUUCCAAGUUAGUUGCUACACUGAAAAGUAGCCUUCAGCUUAUAAGUAUUGUUUGGAACUUAGACCAAAUUUCUUGUGCCAUGUAGUUUAAUAGCAGAGCAUAAUCAUUGCUGUACAGGAUUCAACCCAUUGAGGCUGAUGGACAGUCUGACAAUCAAGCAAAUUUAAAAAAAAACAUCCAGGGCAAUAAUACAUUAAUUUAUUCCUGGUUUUUAUCUCAAAUCUUCCCACUAAUUGAAAUCUUACAAUAGGUUGCCAACAAGGGUGGGAAAAAGUUUCCUGCCCUUUUAAUAAACUUGGACAGCCAAAUUCAGAAGGAGAGGGGGCUGAAUGUUCUUAGGGAGCAGUUGAGGGUCAUGCUGAUGCUUCUGCACCCUCCGCUGAUGCAUCUACUCCCUCACCGACGGAAGGGAGAAAGGCUCCGCAGUGGCAAAACCCAGAAGUCUAAGCCACCAUGGAGCAAUACCAGCAUCUGCUUUGACACUGGCAUGGAGGGGGGUGGCCAGGGCAUUCCUGGGAGUGGAGCUGAUAUUAGGCCCUGGACCUUCAGGCUUGUGCCACAUGACAGUGCGAUGUAAGCCACUGUCGACUAUCGGACAGAUCAGGCAGCAGGAGGGUUGUGGAGUUUCCCUCCCUUCUGCCCCUCCGCUUGAAGCCCCUUUGGAAGUGGCAUGGUCUUUGCCAUUCCACCUCCAGCCACCGCAGCACUUCUCCCCCAACUGGAUUGCACCGUUAAUAUAGUGAAAUGUGUUUCAUGACCUGAAGGUAAUUAACAUUCCAUUCAGUAUCUCCUAAAGUGUCUCCAGGCCUGUUAGCAAUUCUAGUGUACAGACAUCUGAAAUGUGCAUCUGUAAUCCUUAAUCAUACAUCCAUCUAAGCCAAUAAAUCUACACAUAUUAGUGGGUUUAUAGAAGCUCUUUCGCAGCUUCUCUUGUGGAUUUGUUUUCAGGUGUCCUAACUUUUGUGCCAUUGAAGCACUAUUUCCUCACUUUCUGUGUAUACUUAUCUACACCCUUUCCUCAGAUCACCUUUUGCAGUCUUUAAAAAAAAUCAAACUUGCUUGUACGCAACUUAUGAAUUCUUAUUUAGGUUUUAUUGAUGUAUUUUAAAUCGGCAUAGUUAUCUAUUUGUAUAUGCUGUGGGUAUAUUGGCAUACUAUAUAUAUUUUAACACCUGAACACAUUUUUUAAGUUGCUCUACCAAGGUCAUUGAAGAAAUUUUAUCAAACGCAGUUAGGCCUUGAUUCCAGAAUCAUGCAUGUCCAGGCUUUAUGUCUUCUACUUCAAUUGCCUGGAAAUUUUCAGUGCUGAAAACAAAAAUAAACAUCCAGAGAACAAUGCAAAUAGCUCAGCACCCAGUCAGGCCUGGGUGAAUGCUUUUUCAAUUGACUAGGCUGCAUGGUCAACCACUUUGAAUACUCUGGAGAAUUUUGAAAACAAUUUUGUGAAGAGGUACAGAGAGAUGCUUGCACAGAAAAAGUUGGAAGUCUCAUUCAGACCUGUGCAAAUCUUCUCAGUGGUUCACAGGAUUGUGACCAGCACUGUCCAGAGUUUUGACUUGCAGAUACAUACUAUUCUCGUAAAUUUCUUUGGCUUGUUUUGUAUGUGUGUGCUCACUUUAAGGACAACCUGAGUUAGAGAGGGAUAAGGAAAGGUAUUAAGAGCCUUUACUUAAAUGACUUAAUAAAAUGUCUGUUUAAAGCAGCAGUAAGCAACCUCUGACCUGCAUGCUGAACAGUCGCUCACCCAAAUCAUUUUGCUUGGCAUGUAGGGCUGGUUCUCCACCCAAGCAAUCUGAAACACUGCCAGUACUAAUGGGGCUCGGUUUGUUCUCACUGUCUCUGGUCAAAUAUAGCCCUGUCUGCCUUCCCUGCAUACACACUUUUAUUUGCCAGCACACCAACAUCUUUAUAGGGAGAUGUGUGGGUUUAGCACAGGCCAAAAAGGUUGCCUACACCCAGUUUUUAAAAUAUUUUUCUAUUUACAAGGCAAUACUAAAAUGCUAUCUUGUAGGGGGUUUUUUUAAUUGCAGGGCUCAAUUUCUUGUAGACUAGAUUCUAAAACUGUCUUCAGGUUGUAGCGCUAUGUGUUAGCUUGAUGGUUUUCUGUCAUUGUCGCGAAGACUGUUGACCUGGUCUUUCCCACCUGCAAACAGUGUUUUCUGUACCCUGUGCAAUAUCUUGUUUUUGUCACUUGUCAUUAAUUUUUAUUACUUGCUUUUUAGAAAAUUGGUAAAUAAAGCAAAUUUAUUUUUA